AUGCAGCAAGGAUCGCACCGGCCGUGUUCGUCGUGCUACACCAAGGAAACACAUCUGUCCGACAUUACGCAGGAGUCAGUGGUGCGGACUGUAGAGCACCAUAGACGAGUAGUGGCCGCAAUCCAAUUGGCCCCGGACUCUAAGGCGGCCGAGAAAAUCAAAAAGCGAUGGUCGACGCACCCGGUGCAGUGUUACUUGGAGAGGUGGAACUUCGCAGAGACAACAUGGGGCAACGUGUUCCUCGCAUGCGCCGCGGACCUUCUUCACGUCCUGGACGUAGGCAUGCUCCCACGCAUGGGCAAGUGCUUCAUGGUGGGGAAGAGCAAGCCAGAGCGAAGGGAAUUUGAGAGGUGUGUACGCUCUCAUCUGGAUAUUUCUAGCUGCCGCGUGAUGAACAUGCAAUGCACGUGGCUGACCGUAGAUGGGUGGGUUGGCAGGCGCCGCAAGGAGCAAAAGAAGGGCACGCGCGCAAGUGUGGUGCGCAUACCAGGAGGGGCCACAUGGUUUAGCAGUGGGGCGAACUACGCAGCCUUCGAGCACAGGGGGAUGAUGCAGGUGAUGCCCUUGCUGAUUGCCGACAGUAUGGCGAGGAGCAAACCAGCGGAGAAGGAGAAACGGCAACGGGAGGUGGCGGCGUUUGUGGCAUACGCCAGCUUCUACAAGGUGCUUGUCGGCGUGACAAAGCACACGGACGACACCCUGGACGACGUCAGAGCAAUGGCAGUGACGUAA